AAAAUCACUUUCCGUUCUCACCUUCCAAUCUUUCACUCACUCUCUCAUUUCUCUGUCUCUCUCUCUAGCAAUGGCUUCUGAUUCCUCUCCCGCCAAUUUCAACGGACCGACCUCUCCCGAUGACUCCUACUCUAGCCCAAUCGGCAACACCUUCUCAUCCCCCGGCGACGCCAGGCGGCGGAGCCGUCGCCGAUCUACCACUCCUUCGGCAUUUGCAACGCCGCCGCCGAACCAAUCCCGAUUCGCCACCUCGGAUGCAAACCCAGCCCUAACCCCAACCCCUUCUUCUCGCCGCGGUGGCCGGCGUGGAGGGAGAAGAGCUACUUCAACCACUCCUGUUAAUGCCGCCGGCACUCCCACUUCCACCGACGACGCGCCGGCCUCCUCCGAGGGCGGUGAGGGCUACGACGCCGACGAUGCUCGGCCGACGUUUGUUUGGGGGACGAAUAUAAGCGUGGAGGAUGUGAACGAGGCGAUUUAUCGGUUUCUGAAGCAUUUCCGGGACAGUUCCACGGCGUCUCAGUCGGAAGAUGGGUUGCUCAGGGAAGGGAAGUAUGAGAUUGCGAUCAAAAGGGUCAUUGAAAUUGAGGGAGAAUCGCUCGAUGUCAAUGCACGCGACGUGUUUGAUUAUGAUCCUGACUUGUACACCAAGAUGGUUAGGUACCCACUCGAAGUGCUCGCGAUUUUCGACAUUGUUUUGAUGAACAUGGUGGGGCGAAUUAACCCCUUGUUUGAAAAGCACAUUCAAACUCGGAUUUUCAAUCUCAAGAGCUCCACUUCAAUGAGAAAUCUUAACCCAUCUGAUGUUGAGAGGAUGGUAUCUCUAAAGGGUAUGAUUAUUCGAAGUAGCUCGAUAAUUCCCGAGAUUCGGGAAGCUAUAUUUAGGUGCCUUGUGUGUGGUUACUACUCAGACCCUGUUGUUAUAAAUAGAGGACAAAUAACUGAACCCAAGAUAUGCUUGAAGGAGGAGUGUCAAGCUAGGGACUCCAUGACACUGGUUCACAACCGAUGCAGGUUUACGGAUAAGCAGAUUGUGAGGCUUCAGGAAACCCCUGAUGAGAUCCCUGAAGGAGGAACACCACAUACAGUGAGCUUGUUGAUGCAUGACAAGUUGGUAGACACUGGAAAGCCAGGUGACAGAGUUGAGGUUACUGGGAUUUACAGGGCUAUGACUGUUAGAGUUGGACCAGCACAGAGGACUGUAAAGUCAUUAUUUAAGACUUAUAUUGAUUGUCUUCAUAUAAAGAAAACUGACAAGUCAAGAAUGCUGGCUGAGGAUCCCACCAUGGAUGUUGACAAUCCAACAGGCAGAAAUGUGGAAGAUAUCUCUUUUGACGAAGAGAAGGUGGAGCAAUUGAAAGAACUGUCAAAACUGCCUGAUAUAUAUGAUAGACUAACCAGGUCGUUGGCACCAAACAUCUGGGAGCUAGAUGACGUGAAGAAAGGCCUUCUCUGUCAGCUUUUUGGUGGAAAUGCUUUGAAGUUGGCAUCUGGUGCUAGCUUCCGUGGAGACAUCAAUAUCCUUCUUGUUGGUGAUCCUGGAACCAGCAAGUCCCAGCUGCUGCAGUACAUACACAAGCUAUCACCCCGUGGCAUUUACACCAGUGGGAGGGGAAGCUCUGCUGUUGGGUUGACUGCUUAUGUUGCCAAAGAUCCUGAAACAGGGGAAACUGUUCUGGAGAGUGGAGCCUUAGUUUUAAGUGACAGGGGCAUUUGCUGCAUUGAUGAAUUUGACAAAAUGUCUGACAAUGCAAGGAGCAUGUUACACGAGGUUAUGGAACAACAAACCGUGUCAAUAGCUAAGGCGGGAAUUAUUGCAUCCCUUAAUGCUAGGACUUCAGUAUUGGCUUGUGCAAAUCCAAGUGGUUCCCGCUAUAAUCCUCGCUUGUCUGUGAUUGACAACAUACACCUUCCUCCUACCUUAUUAUCCAGGUUUGAUUUGAUUUACUUACUUCUUGAUAAGGCUGAUGAGCAGACAGAUAGGCGCCUUGCCAAGCAUAUUGUUGCAUUGCACUUUGAGAAUCCUGAGAGUUUAGAACAGGAUGUCUUGGACCUUUCUACGUUAACUACAUAUGUGAGCUAUGCCCGGAAGCAUAUUCACCCGCAGUUAUCUGAUGAAGCCGCCGAAGAGUUGACUCAAGGGUAUGUUGAGCUGAGGAGGAGAGGAAAUUUCCCAGGAAGUAGCAAAAAGGUGAUAACAGCAACACCUAGGCAGAUUGAGAGUUUGAUACGCCUUAGUGAAGCCCUUGCUCGAAUUCGAUUCUCAGAAUGGGUUGAAAAGAGUGAUGUAAUGGAGGCAUUUCGGCUUCUGGAAGUUGCAAUGCAACAGUCAGCAACAGAUCACUCUACUGGAACCAUUGACAUGGAUCUUAUCACUACGGGAGUUUCGGCGAGUGAAAGGAUGAGACGAGAGAAUGUAUUAUCAGCAAUUCGCAGCAUUAUUAUGGAGAAGAUGCAGCUUGGGGGGCCCUCAAUGCGCUUGUUGGAGUUGCUGGAAGAGUUGAAGAAGCAGAGCCCUGGCCCUGAAGUUCACCUCCAUGAUCUUAGGAAUGCAGUUUCAACUCUCGCAAGUGAGGGAUUUGUAUCUCUCCAUGGUGACACUGUGAAAAGAGUAUGAGGGGAGGGGAAGAACUGGUGUUGGUUGUUGAGAUUGAUAUGCCAGAGCUACAAUGUCCAGGCUGACCCGCUUUCUGUAACUACAUUCAAAUCCGAAGACCACCAAUUUGGCUACACGAGGAGUAUGCUAAAAUGAAGUUUCAAGGUCUGGUGUGAUGCUUGUAUAUGCUUUUUGUAGUUCCUACCAUUUAGUUGAGUGUACUAAUCUUUCCAUUGAUAUUAACUUACCAUAAGUAUUACUCUAUAUGUCUCCAUCAAGCAUUUAAACUUUGGUGUUUUAAUUUCACUAGAAAUAGGUAAAUUCUGUGCUAUUGUGACACUUGCAUGGAGGAAUGUAUGGUGUGCAACCUAAUGUCUUUGUAGAUGAGAACGGGGAAUGAGAUCUGUAAUGAACUCUCGAACAAAAUUCUGUGCAUCCAUUGCAUACA